CUGUGCUUGGUACUACCAAAACCAAAAUUUCCCUAUCCUAACUUUUGACCGCAACUGCGCCAGUUUCUGUUCCCUCACUUUUGUUUAAUCACAAUCCACCUCCUUCUCCUAUCCGAAUACCAACAUGGCGAACCAACAAGAAGCCGGAAAGAAGGACCCCCUCACGGGCAUGGCGCACUCUGAGGCGCAUUACUUCAACAGUUACAACCACCAUGGCAUCCACGAGGAAAUGCUGAAAGAUGAGGUGCGAACCAAGAGCUACCGCGAUGCCAUCUACCAGAACCCCCACCUUUUCAAGGACAAGGUCGUCCUUGACGUUGGAUGCGGUACAUCCAUUCUCAGCAUGUUCGCCGUAAAGGCCGGCGCAAAGCAUGUCAUUGGUGUGGACAUGUCGACCAUCAUCGACAAGGCCAAGGAGAUUGUCGAGGUCAACGGCAUGUCGGACAAGAUCACCCUGCUCCAGGGCAAGAUGGAGGAGGUCGUACUACCUUUCGACAAGGUCGACAUUAUAAUAUCCGAGUGGAUGGGCUACUUCUUGCUCUACGAAUCCAUGUUGGACACGGUUCUGUACGCACGCGACAAGUACCUUGUCAAGGACGGCUUGAUCUUCCCCGACAAGGCCACCAUCUUCAUGGCUGGUAUCGAGGAUGGCGACUACAAGGAGGAGAAGAUUGGAUUCUGGGACAACGUCUGGGGCUUCGACUACUCUCCCCUCAAGGCAACCGCCAUCACCGAGCCCCUCGUCGACACCGUCGACAUCAAGGCCGUCGUCACCGACCCCUCGCCUGUCAUCACCCUUGAUCUCUACACUUGCACUGUCGCCGACCUCGCUUUCCGGUUACCGUACGAGCUCAAGGUGCGUCGUAGCGACUUUGUCCACGCCGUCAUCGCCUGGUUCGACAUUGAGUUCGCCGCCUGCCACAAGCCCAUCCGCUUCUCCACCGGUCCCCACACAAAGUACACUCACUGGAAGCAGACAGUCUUUUACCUCAAGGAUGUGCUCACAGUCGAGGAGGGCGAAACCAUUAGCGGCAUUCUAGAGAACAAGCCCAACGAGAAGAACCACCGCGAUUUGGACAUUAACAUCUCAUACAAGCUCGAGUCGAGCGAUAUGCACAGACAAGCGUCUGGCGAGGCCCAGUACAAGAUGUGCUAGUUGGUGUCUUGCGUGUACAGUGAGAUUUGGGACGGCGUCACUACCGUUCGGGCAAUGAGACGCCUGUGUCUUACAUGAUAGACUUAAUCGGCGUUUGGGCAAGGGUUUCGCAUA